AUGGCAGUGUUCCUAGCUGCCGUUGCAAGCGCCGGCAACAGUGACAUGUAUGACAGUGUUGCCGUUGCAAGCGCCGGCAACAGUGACAUGUAUGACAGUGUUGCCGUUGCAAGCGCCGGCAACAGUGACAUGUAUGACAGUGUUGCCGUUGCAAGCGCCGGCAACAGUGACAUGUAUGACAGUGUUGCCGUUGCAAGCGCCGGCAACAGUGACAUGUAUGGCAGUGUUGCCGUUGCAAGCGCCGGCAACAGUGACAUGUAUGACAGUGUUGCCGUUGCAAGCGCCGGCAACAGUGACAUGUAUGACAGUGUUGCCGUUGCAAGCGCCGGCAACAGUGACAUGUAUGACAGUGUUGCCGUUGCAAGCGCCGGCAACUGUGACAUGUAUGGCAGUGUUGCCGUUGCAAGCGCCGGCAACAGUGACAUGUAUGACAGUGUUGCCGUUGCAAGCGCCGGCAACAGUGACAUGUAUGGCAGUGUUGCCGUUGCAAGCGCCGGCAACAGUGACAUGUAUGACAGUGUUGCCGUUGCAAGCGCCGGCAACAGUGACAUGUAUGACAGUGUUGCCGUUGCAAGCGCCGGCAACAGUGACAUGUAUGACAGUGUUGCCGUUGCAAGCGCCGGCAACAGUGACAUGUAUGACAGUGUUGCCGUUGCAAGCGCCGGCAACAGUGACAGUACUCAACAGUACUCGCAACAUCCCGAACACUGUGAACCUGCCGUUAAAUAUUCUACCUCAACAUCUGCCUAA